CGUGAAUAGUGCACCUGGUGCUGAAUCUGGCAUCUUUGUUGACAAUUGAUGAAUUGUACGACUUAAUGUUUCGUGUGCUGCUCAUGUAACAAUAACAACCACGCUUGGUCAACUCAAAUUAUUCUAUUAAUUAAGUAAAAAUAACAUCGUGAAGUUUAAUAAAAAAAUGUCAAUUACUUGUGGGAAAAGAAAACAAAAAGUAACAUUGCAGCAAGAAGAACUUGAAUUACUUGAUAAAUCCGAAUUGAUUAAAAAAAUUCUAUUUUUGGAAGAAAAUAACAAACAAUUGAAAGCUUUGGUAAAUAAAAUAAAUAAAAAACAAACAAAUAUCAAUAUUGUUCAUAAACCAAAAAGACCAUUUAAUUUUUUAAGAUAUAAUAAAAGACAUAUUCUUCUAAAAUUCUAUUAUCUUGGAUGGGAUUACAAUGGUUUUGUUGUUCAAGAGAAUAUUAAUGAUACGAUAGAACAGCAUUUAUUUGCGGCAUUGAUAAAAAGUUGUUGUAUAGAAUCACGUGAAACUUCAAAUUAUCACCGUUGUGGCAGAACAGAUAAAGGGGUUAGUUCGUUUUCACAAGUGAUCUCAUUGGAUAUAAGAAGCAAUUUGGAACUUAAAGACCAACAUAAAGUGGAAGAUGAACUUUUGUAUUGCAAAAUACUAAAUAGAUUACUACCUUCUAACAUAAGAUGUAUCGCUUGGUGUCCAGUGUCAAGUGAUUUCUCUGCAAGAUUUAAUUGUAAAUUUCGAACUUACAAAUAUUUUUUUCCAAGAGGAAAUUUAAAUAUAGAUUUGAUGCAUAAAGCAGUUAAAUACACUAUAGGAGAGCAUGACUUUAGAAAUAUUUGUAAAAUGGAUGUUACAAAUGGUGUCACUAAUUACAAGAGAACAGUUAUCGAUGCAAAGGUAUCUGUACUUCGACAAAACAAUGAACACAUUUCAGGGUAUGACAUAUGUGAAUUGAUUAUAACAAGUCAAGCAUUUUUGUGGCAUCAGAUCCGUUGUUUAAUGGGUAUUUUGUUACUUAUUGGUGAAGGAAAAGAAAAACCGCAAGUUAUUUUAGAACUUCUAGAUAUUGAAAAGUAUCCUCGAAAACCACAAUACAAUUUGGCUCAUGGUGUACCACUAAACCUUUGGUAUUGUGAGUAUCAAUCUGAAGAGUGGUACGUUGAUAAGAAUGAAUUAAUAAACACAAUAAAAAUUCUACAAAACGAUUGGACCUUCAAUACAAUAAAGUCAGUUAUGAUUGAGAAUAUGCUAUCAGAUUUGGAAAAUUCAAUAGAUUGUAAAAAUAUGUUAUUUUCGCAUAAUGCUUUACUUCUUGGUGUACAAUCUAAAGUAUACCAAUCAUUAAUGACACGGGUAACUUGUGAAAGCUUAGAAAAUAAAAUAAAACAUUGCGAAAAGAAAAAGAAGAGGAAGGAGAUGCCCGAUUAAAUGGAUUUACAGAACUUUAUAAAAAUAUUAAAUAAAACAUGAGAC